AUGCAUAUAAAACUAAUUGCAUGUAUUACUACCGGAAUAACUUCAGAAUUAGAAUCAGUAUCAGAUUUUUUAUCAUUAGAAACAACUUCAAAUUUAUCAACCCAUGUAAGUCAUAAUAGAGAUGUUAAAUAUUACGUAUAA